CCCCCUUGUGACUUUUAAGGAGAGGAGUGAGGGACACCAUAGCAUUGCUCAUGGGUGUCUCAUGUAGUGCUGGAGUUCAAGUCCAGGGCCUUGGACAAAGCAUGUGCUCUGCUGGAUUUGUCUCCUGGCCCCGUCUUUUUGACUAUAUUUAGCUAAGUGCUUCAUCCUUCAGUUUAACUCUCUCCCAACUGAGUUAUUACGGCACCAAAGUUCCUUAUUCUUGAAUAUUGCUAUAGCACAGAAUAGGAGGAGCCCUCCCUGUCCCCCCCCCCAUACACACCUGCCCUUGACUAUGACCCUCUUAAGGAAUCGACUGAACCUCUUGACACCAGUGCUACACUGAAUUCCAACCCCAUUUCCCUUGUUUGAGGACCCCAGCUGUUGUACUUGGCUGCUCUUUUUUAAUGUGGUGGCAAGAUGCGAUGCCACUGUUCCUAGGUCAAUCUCUUUACUCCCGUUAUAUCAGAGAAGACAUCAUAGUACUGCUUCAUUGUCCAUGGAGGUUCCCCUGUGUAUCCAGACUUGUUAUGGAAGCCAUCUUCAACAAGAGCACUGGGAAGGUCAUUUUGAAGACUUCCAGCCUGUACCGGAAGCUGCUGACCCUCUCCAGAGCAGGCCAUGAACAAGUGGUGGUGAUGCUGAACGACAUCCGAGACGUGAAUGUGGAAGAGGAGAAGGUCCGGUACUUUGGGAAGGGCUACGUGGUGGUGCUACGGUUUGCAACGGGCUUCUCCCACCCCCUCACCCAGAGUGCUGUCAUGGGCCACCGCAGUGACGUGGAAGCCAUCGCUAAACUCAUCAUCAGCUUCCUGGAGCUGCACCGGCUAGAGAGUCCCCUGGAGCUGUCUCAGAGCAGUGACAGUGGGGCUGAGGGUCCUGACAGCCAGAGCUGACGCCACAGCUGCAGUCCUAAUGGGCCUCAGCAGGCCUGACAGGUACUGUCACUUUGUUCUCUGCACCUGCUGGAUCCCUGGGCAGCCCCAGGACGGGACCCUGCGCCUUGCUUCUGCCCCUGAGCUAAACCCACUGGACCCACCUGCAGUCUCCAAGGCAUUGAGGGAGGACAAGGCAGUGGAUGUGCCUCCUGGAGCCAAGCGGGGCAUAUGGUGAUGGCUGGACAGACCUGCCUUCAGUGUGGGUGGGGGUUGGGGGGCUCAAGCUACUAAAUGGGGCUAUUGGGGUGCAUCUGAGCAUUGAGUAGGUGGAGGUGCUUAUCAGCUUUGGCUGCACCUGUUAGGAAGGAGGCAAUGCUAGACACAGACACUGCCACACUAUCCCCAGGAGUCUUGUCACUUUCCCUGGCUGGAUGUCCUCAGUGGGCAGAUGUGAAGUGACUGUGCUGCAGCUGCCUCAAGCCCCCUUCCCCCUUGCUGAUGGCCUGUCUGGGACCCAACAGUGGUGCUACAGGGCCUCAUGGGGUCAGUGUUCCACUCCACCCUCCACCCAGACAAAGGACACUUGACAACAGCAGGGUCUCUGUUGCAGUGUUUACAAACCAGGACCUCUCCCUCGGAAGUCAGACUUCCCUGACCUGAGAAGACCUGGCACUGGGUCCAUUGUGCUUGGCAGGGGGUCCUCACCACCCCUUUGAGGGGCUAGGGCCGCUCUUCCUCUAGAAGCAGAGUGCCUCCAAGGUAUACUUCAGACUGCCUCCACAGGGGACUUCUGGUCCCUGGUGGCCCCAGAAGGCUGCACCUGAGAAAGCCAGCUGGAACUGGGGAGGCUGAUGUGCCUGCCCUUGGCAGGUCAGGAUGCAGGGUGAGGAGGGGAAGUUGAGGGCAGGGUCAGAACUAAGAGAAACGAGUAGUUCCCUUUUCUAUAGAAUGGCUGACUAUCUACUCUUAGUUUGUGACACGCUUGUUAAAAAAAUGUCAGCAUUAGGUUUUUAAUGGUUAGAUCAGAAGGUUUUUUUUUUCUUUAUACUAAAAUAAAGGCAAAUGCUGCAAUUGGUCUCUGUUGUGUUUACCAAGGGUUGUAAGACUCUCUGAAGUGAGGGAGGGGGAGUCUUCUGGGCUGCCUCUAUGCCAGAGCCCCUCAACUGAGCCCUUGCUUGGGCUAGUGGGCACUUAUGGUAGAAUUUUCUGUUAGGAGUCCCAGCUCCUGUUUUCUUUCUCUUUUUUUAUUUGCACAGAU